AUUCAAUCGUACUUGAAGACAUCUGACAUUGCCCCCUUUUUUUUUUUUACUUGGUCAAUAGGCACCUUGCAUAGAUAUCACGAUGGUACUUCAUAACCCUAACAACUGGCACUGGGUGAACAAGGAUGUUUCAGCCUGGGCGAAAGAUUACCUUGGAGAGAAGCUGGCCGCCAUCUCCGCGGAGGAAAAUGGAGUGACGGCAAAGGUGUCCAAAAUCGUCAGUAUGGAUGGGGAUGUCGAUGUUAGCCAACGCAAGGGAAAGGUUAUCACGCUCUUUGAUGUAAAAUUGACAUUAGAAUUCGAGGGCACAACGGACGAGGAUGAUAGCGUCUCCGGAUCCAUCAAAGUCCCCGAGGUCGCGCAUGACACUGAGGAAGAUGAGUAUGUCUUCGAUAUUAGUCUUUACUCGGAGUCUGCAUCCAAGCAGCCGGUGAAAGAUCUAGUGCGUUCAAAGAUUGUGCCACAGCUACGCACAGAGCUCGCUAAGUUGGCCCCUGCGUUGAUUGCAGAGCACGGCAAAGAUAUCCAGCAUGCGCCAGGAUCCAACCCGUCCAGUGGCUUUGCUACACCCAAGUAUCUUUCAAGCGAUGUGCAAUCGUCUUCCAAACCCGCGACUCAGACAACCACAACCACCACACGCAAGCAAGCCGUGAACACCGUUACCGUGAAUGCGUCUGAUGAGUUCCGUACCACCGCGGAAGAGAUGUAUACCACCUUCACUGAUCCUCAACGCCUUGCCGUCUUCACCCGUGCGCCUCCAAGACGCUUUGACGGUGCCCAGGUUGGCGGCAAGUUCUCCAUCUUUGAUGGAAAUGUUACUGGCGAGUUUGUAAAACUUGAACAGCCGACUCUUAUCGUCCAGAAGUGGCGUCUUGCUCAGUGGCCGGAGGACCAUUAUAGCACCCUAGAAAUUAGAUUCGACCAGAACGACGUUGACUGCGUUACUACCUUGCAUGUCAAAUGGGAUGGCGUCCCCGUCGGCCAAGAAGAUGUUGUGCAGCGAAAUUGGGACGUGUACUACGUCAGAAGCAUCAAGCAAGCUUUCGGGUUUGGCACUAUACUCUGAUCCGAUCUGGCUCUUCCACGAAAAGUCCAUGUCGGGCAAUAGACAUUUAGAAUUACCGACUGGAAACAUUACCCUGAUGGAUUGGCCUUGUCGACCGUCCAACCCCUUUGCAUUGGUUUCAGCGUUUAGGCGUUCGUUAGUGUUUUUCCACUUUUAAAUUUUGCCCCUCAGCAUUGGCAUGUUUUCGAGGAGUCUUGACAGACCGGUAUAAAGGAACGGAAAGAUAGAUGGGAUUUCUGUGCCCACUGUCGGCAGAUAAUUUUUCUUUCAAGAAUGAGAAUAUGACUGAUGUGAAAUGCAAUAUGUACCUUAUGACCGCUAUAUUAGCAUUCUGAUAAGCUCAUUGUCGCUCA